GGCAGCCUGCGGGCGGGGGGAGCUUCCUAGACGUUUGGGUUCUAAUCACACGUGGGGGUGGCGAGCCCUGCAAACAGAAGGGCGAGAGCCGAGAGGUGGUUCCUGGCAAUGAAGCCAUGGUGACUAGUUCAGCUGUUCUCCCGUGCAGCGAGGUCUAGGGGCAGCCAAGCGGAAAACCUCCUCUGAUCACAAGGCAUCUGGGAGAAAAGCCUAGGCACGCUGGGGGCAGAGAUGAUCCUGAGCGCUCCAGCUAAGAAUUGACAGUAAAUCCCUUACCCCAUACACACUCUCAUCACAGGGCAAACACUUCCCCAUGCACAUUGACCUGCAGCGUGCAAGCAAGCUUAGCCUGCAGCCAAGCGUUCUCCCGUGGUACUAAAGUUCAGUCCGCUUAGAGCCAUGGGGAAUGGGAUGAACAAGAUUCUGCCUGGCUUGUUCCUUGGCAAUUUUAAAGAUGCUCGAGAUGCGGAGCAACUGAGCAAGAAUAAUGUUACACACAUUCUGUCAAUCCAUGACGGUGCUAGGCCUAUGCUUGAGGGAGUGAAAUAUCUGUGCAUUCCUGCUGCCGAUUCACCCUCACAGAAUUUGACAAGACAUUUCAAAGAGAGCAUCAAGUUUAUCCAUGAGUGCCGGCUUAGAGGUGAGGGCUGUCUUGUUCACUGUCUCGCUGGAGUCUCCAGGAGCGUAACUUUGGUAGUCGCUUACAUCAUGACAAUCACAGAUUUUGGCUGGGAAGAUGCAUUGUCUAUUGUACGAGCAUCGAGAUCCUGUGCCAAUCCUAACAUGGGCUUCCAGAAGCAGCUGCAGGAGUUUGAAAAACAUGAUGUUGACCAUUUCAGGCAGUGGCUGAAGGAAGAAUAUGGAGAAAAUUCUUUGCAGGAUGAGCAAGAAGCCAAAAUUCUUCUGAGUAAAUAUAAAGAGCAGGCAAUGAUGCAACCAGGUCCCGGCGGGAGACAGUGGAAUAAUAACUUUUCCUCACUGCCUUCCCUGUCAUACAACAACUACACAACAGAGACCUAAUCACUCCAGACUGGAUUCACUUUCUUUUUUCCUUUGACCUGUUUAAAAACAGAUGUCACCAGUGUCCCCUCCACUCUCUAUGGAAGUCAUGUGAGCUGUACCCUUGUGGAAUACUUGAUGAAAAUAUUAUACCGCACGUGUGUGUGUUUGACACAAUUUUACAGUUUUAUGUAACACCACUCUCUGUAAGCUUCUCUCUUGAGAGGCACCCCUUAUGUCAGGUUGUCACUGCCCUCAGACUCCACCCCCUUUAUAAUAUGUGCCUCUCCAAAACACACUCGUGUGCGCAUGAUAACAUUGUCUCCAAAGAAUGAGCUUGCAAAGUGUGUGAGCAUUUAUGUAUUUUUUGCUUGUGCUGCGGGUUGCUGUUUGACCUUAGCUACCUCAAAAAUGCUGUUUUUGUCACUGAGGUUGUAAAUACAAAUUUGAAAAUUGCCUCGAUUUUACACUUGAUGAACGCAAAGUGUAAGUGUCAUAAAAAAAUUAUUUGAGAGGUUUCUGGCUUUCAUUUAAAUUAUUCAUAGUUGUCACUAGUUAGAAUUAAAAAUUAAGUAGGAAGAUUCAAGAUGUGUGAAUUCCAUCUAUUUUGCCAAUUUAAAACCAGUGGUCAAAUUUGUCAGAAUGCACAUGUAAGCAACAUUUUAAAUCAGAGUAAAAAAACUAGAGGCUAUAUUCUGCUUCUGGUUAUCCUGGAAUAGCUCAGUUGACUUAGCUGGAAUUAUUUUGGAUUUACAACAGUGUAACUCCAAACAAGUUAAUGAAGUUGUUCCAGAUUUACACUGGUGUUACGGUGAGGAGAAUUGGAUACAAUGUCCUUAC